AUGGAUAGAAAAAGAAGAAAAAUAGAAAAUGAAAAUAGACAGUUUUGUCCUGAAUGGAUGGACUUAUAUUGUUUUAUUUUACCAGAUAGAGUAGGUGCCUUACCUGUUUGUUUGAUUUGUAAUCAAACAGUGGCUGUUAUGAAAGUAUUUAAUAUCAAACGUCAUUAUGAGACACACAAGUCAUUUGCCGAAAAAUUCCCAUUGGUUGUUGAUGAAAAUCACGAGAUUGAUAUCACAAAUUUUACGAAGUUUUUGGAAAGUUUAAAAACUGAAUUCGAAAGACGCUAUGCUGAUUUCAGAAAAAUUAAAAACGUUGUACAAUUAUUGAACAGUAGUUUUACUUUGCAGCCUGAUGGUGAAUGGAUUAACGAAGCAGAAAACGUUUUCAAAUGCAACAGAGCACAUCUUCAAAUGGAAAUAAUUGAAUUUCAAUCAGAUGAUGUCCUAAAAAAUUUGUAUAAUGAAAAGUAUUCAAAAACUGAAAUUGAUUCUACAUAUGAUGAAUUUUGGUUGAAAUAUGUAUCUGAAAAGAAAUACCCGACGUUGAAAUUAUUGACAGUGAAAAUGUGUACAAUGUUUGGCUCCACAUACGUCUGUGAGUCUGCUUUUUUAAAAAUGAAUUAUAUCAAAAACAAAUUUCGAUCCCGACUCACCAACGAACACCUUGAAAUGAUGAUGAAGAUAGCUACCACAAACCAUAACCCCGACUUAAAGCAGCUAGUUGAAAGCAAGAUCUGCCAUUUUUCUCAUUAA